AUGCUUCCUGUUGCUCCUGUCCCAUGUCCACCCGGCUUGUCCGGUGAGUUUGGUCAUGGGUUGGGAGAUGGCAGCAAAAUCCUUUAUGAACUUUCUGUAGAAAUUUGCAAACCCCAAGAAUUGUUGGAUGUCCUUUUUGUUGGUUGGCGUCGGCCAUUGCGUGACACCUUGGACCUUUUUAGGAUCCAUCUGAACGGUUCCUUGACCAAUAAUAUGACCUAA